AUGUAAGUCGAUCAACCUCUUCACACUCCAGCCAAAAAAAACUGCACCUUCAAAGUCGAUGGCAGACCAGAUGGAGAAGGUUAUUUGAACAAGAACGAUUCCACAUAUGGCAUCAUCGUCAUCUAGGAAUGGUGGGGUUUGAAUGAAUCAAUGGUCAAAACCACUGACAAACUUGCUCAGAAAGGAUUCCAAUGCAUCUCUCCAGACAUAUACAGAGGAAAGGUUGCCCAAAAUAGAGAAGAAGCUGGCCAUCUUCUAAGUGGAUUAGAUUGGGAAGGAGCAGUAAGAGACAUUGAAGGAGCAGCAAAACAUUUAAAAGAGCUUGGAUGCACAAAGGUCGGUGUUACAGGGUUCUGCAUGGGAGGAGCAUUAGCCAUAGCAUCCAUCUCAUUCUCCAAUUCAAUUGAUGCAUCAGCUCCUUUCUAUGGAGUGUGUGAUUUGAACACUUUCAAAUUGGAUAACAUCCAAGGACCUAUCUAUGGUCAUUUUGGAGAGAAGGACGAAAUGAAAGGAUUUUCAUCGCCAGACGAUGGUCAAAGAUUAGUUGAUGCUGGAAAGAAGGCAGGAAAAGAUGUCACAGUCAAAAUUUGGCCAGGUGUAGGACACGCCUUCAUGAAUCAAGAUAGACCAGAGGCUUAUAAUGUGGAAACAGCACAAUAAGCCUUAGACGAAGUGACAGCUUGGUUUAGAAAGAGUCAUUAUUUGUUUAUCAAUCUAUUUUAUACAAAAGUGAAUUGA